CGCUGCCGCCGCCGUCCCUCCCCGUCUGGCUGUGACACCACUCCAGGUGACUUACAAGAACGAGGGUUUUGCCGUAGCACGAUCACUGCCAAACCCACCCCCUCCUUCCUUCCGGGGCCCGAGCUCCGGCAUCCAGAGUCGAAGGAAGCUGAAGGUCUCCGGCACCGUGUUACUGACCGGUGUGGGGACGUGGCUUGCAGAUUCAGGGUGUGCUCCGGGUUGUGAUUUUCUUGUUGCUCAAAGGCUCCCCCCAGGCACAACCCCACCUCUCCGUACCUGACGGAGGGCUCUCGUUUGCCUGUCGCAAAGCCCAGCCCGUGCAAAUAAGGUGGGGAGCUGAUUUUGGGGCGGCAAAGCUGGCGGUAUGCAAACGACCGGGGGAAAGGCCAGGUGCUACUGCCUCAUGCGGUGCAGUUUGAAACGCGAAGUUGAAUGGCAAAUUGAGUUUGACCCCAAAUUUGAAGCUUUGUUGGAGGGAAAGCGAAGAAAACAAGACGAGGUUGUUAAAGCUAGAAGCCAUAAAACUGCUCACGUCAUCUGGUUUUGCUGGACUUUUGAAAAUAAAACAGUUUAUCUUUGGAAUAAAUAAAAGGCAGAGGGACGGGCUUGCUCCAGAAAGCCCCGUGUGCGUGCCAGGCGAGCUGGGUUGUGCUCCAGCUCUUGCCCCCGCUUCUGAGAGGACCUCAGGUCCUGCGGGAUUUUUGAGCCUCAGUUUCCCCUCGGGAAAGCCCCGCGCCACGCCGAUGGUGGGAACCCCGGGCAUUGCCAAGAAAUGUCUUUGAAACUCAAACCUGCCUUUGGAAAAAAACUGGAAGACAAACCGGCUCUAAACAAACACCCGAGUUAAUUCCUUGUCUUGCAUUGUACGAGCCCAGUGAAAUGAAACACGGUGCAGCCACGGGGACGAGCAAAUGGAUCCAAAUGCGUCAAAAAGCGCCGAAAUUUGCUGUCUCUGAAAUGUCCCUUUACAUUUAGGGUUGGGAGUUUUUCUCAUUUUCCUUCCGGUUGUCCCUGGGCAUUUAAUUCCACAAUUAUUUUCCUGCUUCUGCCGUGGAGAUGAUGUGCUUCAGCCACAAAGCCUUUGAAGGCUGAAUUGCAGAUCGCAUCCAGCACUGAGCCACUUGGAUGCGAACGCCCCCUCGCUGGGAAACUUCACUGGGCUGCGGAGGGCUGUUGGUCCAUCCGUCCGUCUGUCCUUCUGGGCCGCUGAGGGGCCGCUGGCAAGCAGCGAAGCCUGGCGUGCCGCAAAUGAGGCGGGAAAGGAUGGAAAAUGUUGGGGCUUGGGGGUGAUGUUGCUAGCACCGAGCAUGCCUCCUCCCCGCCAUGGAGGAGGUGGGAGCCCCGGGGGUCUGCACCCCGCAUCCCGGGGGUUGGUGGCCCCACUCUGCCUCCCCCGUGUCCCGGACGUGGGGUUGGGCUGGCGGCGGGUGAAGUCAGAGUCAGGCCAUCGCGUCUCGGCAUCCUCCGGUUUCACUUCCCAGUUCCUGCGUGGCUCCCGGCUGGGCUCUCUUUCAGGUGCUCCCGGGCUGCGGGAUCAGCCCAGGGCUGCUGCCGUGGGAUUUCCACAGUGGAGAUGUGCUGGAUGGUAGGGAAAAGCCAUGGGACUGUGUCCUCACUGCUGGCUUGCAAGGGCCAAACGGCCUCUGGCGCGCAGGGAAUCAUUCCUGUGAGGGGAGAUUUGCUGCUCUGCCUGAGGGUGCUGGGUCCGGGCUGUCCGGGGCAUCCCUUAGUGUUCUUGGUCCCUUUUGGUCCCCGCACUGAGCUGCAAGGGUUUGCCCUUCAGCCUCCCCUCCUUUCACCCUUCCCUCCCCGGGCUGGCUCUGAGCAAGGCUUUUGGGGCGAUGGAGUCAGGUGAGGAACUGUUUCAACUAAGAGCCGUCGUUGGUGGGUUUUCCAUAUGGAUGGGGAGCGGAGGAGCGCUCUGCCCUGCCGUCCUGGGCACCGUGCUCUUGCUGUCUGCUUGCAGCGUGCCGGGAGCUGCUGGAGCGGAGCCGUCCCUGUGCCUGGCAGGCGGCUGCAGGCAGGUGAUGCCUGUCCAUGGCACAGGACGGAGCAGCUUUCCUAAUUUUCUCAGCUGGUAUUUUUUUUUUUGGGUGGUUUUGGAUGGGAACGGCAGGAGAGCUCUCACGGGGACUUGGCAGUGAGCUCCGUCACUGCCUGGCAGCCCCUUUGAACCUCCCGCUCCACAUCCCACCCGACCUGACGGAGGAGAGGAACGAGUUCUUGUAAGAUCAGUGAAAAUGGGGAGCUGGGGAGAAGCUAAAACACCCCGAUCCCUGCAGCCAUGCAGGGGGACACCGUGGCUGGUCCCUGCCCCUCGCUGGGCAGGCAGCAUCCCCCAGAGGGAUGCUGCAGGGUGAUGGAGAUAAAGGCACGGUGCUGGGGGCCAGUGGGGCAAAUCUGUGGGAAACUGGGCCGUUGGUAGCUUUUUUGCUGACGGAUCAGCUCGUCUUUUUAGGGAUGUUUAGACAUCUGGCUCCCGUCAACACUGAUGCCCCUUAACCUGGCCCUCGUCCCCGACCGUCCCCGCCAUCCAUCACUUUGCUCCUUCACGUGCCUCCUCCCCGCCGUGACAUUGAUGGGAUCAAAGCUGGGCGCUCUCCUCUGCCGGAUGCGCCAGGCUCUGCCGGUGGUGGAUGGGGACCCUGCUGUGCCGGGAAAAUUCAGAGCCCGUUCCCAUAGCCCGCUGGUGCCCACCCCCUGCCCCCCCGGCUCCACGGCAGCUGUGCCAUCUCUGCGUGGGGGCUUUGCGGCGGGAGUGGGGUGGGAUGCUCCCUGAGAGGAGCUGAUGUCACUCUCCCUGCCCUCCUCUGUGCCUGAAUCCCAAAUUUGGGUAAAAGAGGGAUAUAUCUGCUUCCCGAAUCAUCGAAGCUCUCGUGCGUGUCCGCUGAAGCGCCUCAGGGUCAAGCGUGGUUUUGUUUAAAGAAAGCAACUAAAAUAAACUCGGCGAGGGGCUCCCGGGAGGUCACUGUGCUCCUUCCCUCCCCGUCCCCAGCCCCCAAGCCCAGCGCAGGUCCCCUCUUCCCGCGGGGCUUUCAGCAAGUUAGCAUUUUUUUCUUGCUGUUGUUGACAAAAAAAAUCCUGGCUGGUUGAGAAAUAUCUGCGCGGCAGCGCCAGCCCAGUCCCACGGGUCAAAUCCUGCCCCUGCAAAUCUCUGCCGGGAAGGACGGCUUGUCCUGGGCUGGCCUUGGGGGCUGCUGCUGGGGGGACCCAUCGCCUGGCAGGGUACCCCGGGCAGGAGGCCAUGAGCAAGCCCCUGUGAUGGACGGAUGGCUGCGGGCUCGAGGUGGACCUGGUGUUUUAUCGUCUGCUGGUUGGGCUCUGCAGCGGAGGAGGCAGGGAAGUGCUGGAAGUUCGUCAAGGGCUGAAUUAAAGUUGCCUGGCAACCUCCAUCCCGGCUCCUCUUCCCGCAUCUCGCAGGAUUUCCCACCCAAGCUGUUUUGCAAUGCCGUCACCCAGAGGAGACCUGCUGGAAAUCCUGGACUCCAUUGGGAAGCUUGUAGGAGUGCACGAUGCCAAGGGGGGCAGCCCGGGAGGAGGGGAGAAAGGUCCGGCCAUUCCAGGACCCGGCUUGGGCUUUACUAGAGCUCUCGGUGGAGCGACCACAAGCUGUCCACGGAGCGGCGGGUUGGGGAAGUGUCCGAUGCCGCCCCGCAAAUCUCUGUCCCUCCAUCCAGGAUGAAUGCUGGGGCUGAGCCAGAGAAGGGCUGCUCCCACCCGGCGUUUCCAUUCUCUCUCCUGGGUUCCCUUUAAAUUAAAAACCUGGCAUCUCCUUUGGCUGUGCCGCUGAGGAAGCAGCCACGGUGGGGGGGCCCAUAACACCCCAGCUGAGGUCUCUCCGUCUUUGCCAACCCCACUGACAGCGCAGCUUCCUUGCUCUGCCGCUUGUGGCUGGCUCUCGCUUCCACGUUUUGUUGCCUCGUGGCUUUGAGGACCGCAGGGCAGCAGGACGGGGCCAGCAUGGCCAGCAGAAGCUCCCCGUGCAGCAGCCGUCAAGGGGUGCGGCAGCUUUGGCUGCUUUCUUUGGCCAGAUCCAGGUUGGCGAGACCUGCCGCCGGGAAAUUCACUCAUCAAAAGCUUUUUGCAUCUCCAGAGACGCUGGUCGUGGGGAUUUUAAGGAGGUGCCGACUGGGCCGGCUCGUUUGGGUGUGCUGUGCCGGCUGGCUGCCGGUGGGAGGCUGGGGCCGGCACAGUCAUGCUCACACAGCUUCCUCCGUGACCCAGUAAACCCAGUCAGACCUGACCGGGGCUCGCUCGCUUGCUCCCCUGCGCGCUCGCGCACGCCUCCGACGCCCUGCUGCUUUCCUGGUGUUCCCUGGGGACCAGCGAACCCGUCCCACCGGCAGGACUCGAUGCCUGGGUCGGGCUGACCCGGCUCCAUGCCGGGAGCCGCAGCUGCAUCCCACAGGAGCACCGAUAGCCGGCGGUAGGAGGGUGGGCUUUGGCCCCCGUGGACAUGGCACGUUGCGAUUAGAGCGGCUGGUUCCUGGCUUCGCCCUGCUCUCGGGGUGGCCAUCAGCCCUGUGUCAGCCCAGCUGCCUCCACCACCCUUUUCCUUCGGCAUCGCCGCCCGGGGUGGGAGCUGGGGCUGGAUUUCAGGUCCUAUGUUUGCGCUGGGAAGUAGGUGAGGCGCCGAGGGGCUCCGGAGCUUACUCCUGGGGAUGGGAUGGGCUUUUCUGGGCAGUUUUUCUCUUAAACCCCAGCUUUCACCGGAGCUGCUGCUGCUUUCCAGCCUCUUCCUCUCCCCCUUUUGUCUCCCUCACAUGGAGAAAGCUCUCUGCGGCAUCUCCCCUCCUGGCUUUUCCGUGUUGCCCAUGGAAGUGCUGGGCUUGAGCAAUCCAGUUGUCCCAGCCUGACCGGUGGGUCCCGUGGACCAAGACCUCCUCUGCCUCCCGCGCUGGCCCUCGCCUCCGCCCAGAGCUUUGAACUUGCACCCUGCCAGGGGGGAAACGGUGGGUUUGGGGGUGUUUGGUGUGGCCGCAGCCCGAGUUGACGAUCUCAUUGGGGCCAAGGAUGGUUUCAGUUCCUUCUUGCUCUUUCUCCCCCACUCUAGGUAUGAAAAAUAAAUAAUAAUAACAAAAAAAAAAAAAAUAGAGAAGCUCGGAGCAGCUCUUCCCUUUGAGUAAAACAUUAACUGGCUCUUACAGCUAACUGAUUAAAUGUCCUUUAGGACAAAGUUACAUCUGAUCUUGGGCAAAGGAGCCUUUGGAAAUGGGUGUAGCCGCUUCCUUGGAAUAAGCAGAGGAGCCCAGUCCCGGCAGCAGGGGAGGCUCUUCCCCCCUGCCCCUGCCUGGCUUGGAACCCUGCACAGCCCCACAGCUUUAUUAUUUUUAUUUCCGUGUUCCCCCCGCCCUGUGCUGGCUCGGUGCUCACGCUGGUUAAAUGUUAGCUGGGGCUGGCUCACAGCGCAGCGCUUGCCCUGUGAUAACCACCAUCCCAGCCUCCCUGCCCGGCUGCGCUCCCGGCUCCAAUCCCCGUCGCGCCCGGAGCCAGGCAGCAGGCAAAGUUCAGGGCUUGUUUGUUCGGGGGAGAUAAGGCGAGGAUGCCUGGCAGCGCGCAGGCAGCUUGCAGGGCUGUUACUCGUUUAUGAGAGAUCGUUGUUUGCCUUGUUGUACGAAGUUUUCUCCUCCCCUCUGCUUUCCCAGCCCAGGUGUAUAUGGCAGCUCUUGUGGUUUGUACGUGAUUCCGGGCUCGUGUCCCCAUGUGGAGGCCUGGAGAAGGGUCCCUGCAGCUGCCGGGGUGGCCUCCGUCCCUCUGGCGGGAUGGAGAAAUGUCAGUGUGGGGCUGGCCAGAGCGCUUUUGGGUGCUUUGGUGCUCCAGAUGUGACCGUGCCGCUUUGCCCAAAAAUCCUGGUGGCUUUGGCUCAUGCUAGACAUGGUGCCACCAAAGCAACUUCUUUCUCGUUGACCUCCAUCCCUGCUCACCCGCCUUCCAUCGUCCUCUCAGGCCCAUCACUUGUGGGCACACCCUCGGUCCGGACAAGGCUUGCCCUGGGAACAGGAGUUCCUUGGAGGGAGGAUGCUCCGGGUCACCAUCCUCUGCUCCCCGGGGAGCUCACCCCGCAGGCAGCACCCUGCCCGCACCCGGGAUUGGGUGCUCUGUGCCUGGGGGGCAGUGAGGAGAAGGGGGGCACAUCUCCACUCUGCCCCAUUGCAGGGAUGCUCCGGGGCAGCGGCCAGUGCAGACACAAAGUCUGGGUCUGAUCUGCCCCCACCCCCAGAGGAAACAGCGGUUUAAUGCUGGCUCCAGAACUACGGCUGGAUGCCACAUCCAGCCCCUCACUUCUCCUUUUCAGCCCCAAAGCCCUUUUCACUUUCGUUUCACUUUGAUUUUACCUCCCCUCUGCUUGGGACCCGGCGAGGUAUUUGCUUCGGGGAAACCGUCUGCAGCGAGCGUGUUUGAACAGCUUCUCUCCAGGGUCAGGAGGAUUUGGCUGCCGGCCCCGUCCCGUAGAGCUGGGGAGCUCGUCCCGAGGAUCGGCUGUGCUGGCCCGGCGGCAGCGGCCUGGGCGACUGGCCUUGCCGGGGGAGCGGGAAGAUGAGCGGAGGCACGGCCCACCUCCUGACAGCUCUCUUCAUGGUGGCGGUGGCGACGGGCUACCCGUCACGGCGGUCUGCCACUGACCUGGAUGCCACCCCCAGGACAACGGUCACCUUUGAUGAGCUGUCGGGUGUCCGGCGCUUCAGCACACGGACCCUCAACUACAGCACCCUGCUGCUGGAGGACGACCGGGGCAUCCUCUACGUGGGUGCCAGGGGAGCCAUCUUCGCCCUCAACUCCAGUGACGUGACUGACGGCUCCCACCGCACGAUCCACUGGGAAGCUUCCCCAGAGAAGCAGAUGGACUGCCUGCAGAAGGGGAAGAACAACAAGACCGAGUGCUUCAACCACGUGAGGUUUCUGCAGAGGCUGAACAGCACCCACCUCUACGCCUGUGGGACCUACGCCUUCCACCCACUCUGCGCCGCCAUCGAUGCCGACAGGUUCACGUUGCCAUCCCACUUCGAGGAAGGCAAGGAGAAGUGCCCGUAUGACCCUGCUCGUGGCUACACCGGCCUCAUCGUGGAUGGUGGCUUGUACACGGCUACGCGCUACGAGUUUCGGAGCCUUCCUGACAUCCGGAGGAACCUGCACCAGCGGCCACUGAAGACAGAGGAGUCCCCGCUGCACUGGCUGAAUGAUGCUGAGUUUGUGGCCUCUGUGCUGGUCCGGGAGAGCAAGGACAGCCCCGUGGGCGACGAUGACAAAAUCUACUACUUCUUCAUGGAGCGGGCGGGUGAGGAGACCACGUCCUUCUUCGACAAGAGCCAGGUGGCUCGCGUGGCCCGGGUGGCCCGUGUCUGCAAGAGCGACGUGGGGGGGAAGAAGAUCCUGCAACGCAAGUGGACAUCCUUCAUGAAGGCACGCCUGGUCUGCUACAUCCCCUACUACGAGGUGCUGCGCAGCAUCUGCAGCCUGGACGGGGGCGGCUGGGCCAGCACCGUCUUCUACGCCGCCUUCACCCUCUCGGCACAGUGGAGGACCAUGGAGGCCUCGGCCGUGUGCCGCUACAGCAUCUCGGCGGUGCAGCGCGCCUUUGAGGGGCCCUACAUGGAGUACCAGGACUCAGCUCGCAAGUGGUCCCGCUAUGACGGUGUGGUGCCCGAGCCCCGGCCUGGCUCUUGCAUCACGGACCGCUCCCGCAGGAAGGGCUACAACACCUCGCAGGACCUGCCCAACAGCGUCCUGGACUUCGUCAAGCUGCACCCGCUCAUGUUUGAGGAGGUGAAGCCGGCUGGCGGGGAGCCGCUGCUGGUGAAGAAGAACGUGGCGUACAGCCGGCUGGCUGUGGACAGGGUGCAGGCCCUCGACGGCCGCUCCUACGAUGUGCUUUUCAUGGGGACAGGGGAUGGCUGGAUCCACAAGGCCGUGGUGGUGGGCUCCGGCAUCCACAUUGUGGAGGAGGUGCAGGUGUUCAGGGACCCGCAGCCCGUGGAGAGCCUGGUGAUCUCCCACGCCCAGAGGAGCCUGUAUGUAGGGGCAGCCAGCGGGAUCCUGCAGCUGCCCCUGGCCUCCUGUGCCAGAUACACCUCCUGCUACGACUGCAUCCUUGCCCGGGACCCCUACUGCGCCUGGGACGGCAGGGCCUGCCGGGCCACCGCCACCGCGGACAGCACAGGGCUGGUACAGGACAUUCAGAGUGGCAACGAGGGAUGCUGGAGCAGCUUUGGGCGUGGCUCCCUGCCGCGGAAGAACCGGACGGUGCUGCAGGGAGACGAUGUGCUGCUGCCCUGUGAUCAGCGCUCCAACCUGGCACGAGCCAUCUGGCUACUGAACGGCAGCGAGGCACCAGCCGCGGGUCAGGACCGGCUGCGUGUCGGGGUGGAUGGGCUGCUGGUGACGGACACACUGCCACAGCACAGUGGCGAGUACCGCUGCUACGGGGAGGAGCGGGGCCUCCGGACACUGCUGGCUGCCUACAGCCUCACUGUGCUGCCCGAGCUGCCCCGCAGGCCCACGGCUGCCCCAUGGCCCCACGCCGCCAGCCAGGCAGCCGGUGACAUGAAGGUGGCUUACAUCUCCGCCAUCGUUGCCUUGGUGGUACUGUGCUCCGUGCUCAGCGCUGGCCUCCUCUACAUGUCCUGCCUGGAGAAGCGCAAGGGCAAGUACGUCCUGGGGGAGCCACGGCCAUCCAGCGUGGAGCUGCAAACCGUCUCGGCCAACUGCCUGCGCAAGGGCCACCGGCAGGAGGAGGAGGAGGAGGAGGAAGACCUCACCUACCCCGACGGCUGCCUGCGGAUCAUCCCUGGCGAGGCGCCCACAGCUGCCACCUCCCCGGUCAAGGAGCUGCCGGCUGCCAUGCCCCCGCUGCCGCCACCACCGCCGCUGCCGGCCGAGCUCACCAACGGCAUGGGAGCUCUGCCCAACGUCCUCCGCAAGAUGAACGGCAACAGCUACAUGCUGCUGCAGCAGCAGGAGGAGCCGCUGGCCUCGCCGCUCUACAACACAUCCUUCACCGAGGAGCUCAGCAAGAUCCUGGAGAAGCGGAAACACACGCAGCUGGUGGAGAAGCUGGACGAGAGCUCCGUGUAGGGGCCGGGAGGGGGGUCCUGCCAGCGGGAUCCUCCUCCCUUCCAGCCCCUUCUCCCACCCCCUGCCAGCAGUAUUACAAGACUCAGGUGAAACUACCUCCUGGACGGCAGAGCCGGGCCGCGCCCGGGCUUGGCCGUUCCUUCGGCUUUUCACUCACUUUUGAGACUCACUGUACAGAAAAAAAGAAAAGAAUCUAUUUAAAUUUGGGAGCUCUAUUUAUGUAUAAAAACCCACCGACGGCGGCCACAAGCUGGAGGCAGGAGCUGGUGCCUGGCUAAAGGUGGACACCGGGGGGAGGGAGGGUUUCUGUCUGUCCAGGCAUAAGAAAUGCUGUUGUGGACACGUGGACUCGGCCUGCCCCGCUGGGCAUCCCUCAGCGCACAGGAGCCAGAUGGCUGCUGAGAGGGUUUCCUCUCUGGGAGAGGAUGGUUCGGCAAGGGAUGGAGCUGAGGUCAGGAGCCCGGUGUCCCUGAAUGCCCCGGAGCAGCUGAUGGGGCGGUGCGUGCCCACUGUGAGGAAGUCCCAGGGCGCUGCAGGGGAAGAGAGGGAUGCAGAAGUGGACGGCAAGAUGCACCGGCAGCCACCGCCAUGCCCUGCAGUGUGGCAAGGGACCAACGCAGCAUGGACGUCUCCCUGGCAUCUGCAGUGCCCCCCACAGCCUUGGACACCACGUGUUUCUGCUCUCCUGCAUGUGGUGCUGCUGGAGAACUGGAGUUCAGGCACAGCCCUGUCCCUUGUGGAACAAUGUGUGGGAGGGGAAACGUCCUCAUACAGCGAGGAAGAGGAGCCCUGGACCAGGGCCUGCCUCCCUCUGGGGCCUCCAGCUCUUCAUGGCACUUGCCAGGGGCAGCUACUGUCCCUAAAUUCCCCCAACUACCUCUGCUGGGGGAACCCGAGGGACUGGGGUGACAAAAGCAUCUCACACCCCGGAGACAGGAUAGCGACACUGGAGAAGCUGGGAAGGGACAGACUUGCUGGGGUAUGUGUCCUCCCGUGUUCCUCGUCAGCACCUCCAGAAUCAGGACAUUGCCUGGAGCUCAGCCCUGCAAGGGUGGCAGGAGGGGAGUGGCAGCCCCUGGGGUCCCUAACAGGCCGGAGGCCAGGCCCUCCUACCCCAGAAGAGUGAGGCUUGGUGAGAAAAGACAAGAGCCGGAUGCCCAGGUUUUCCCAUCCUGCCCCCACCCUUGUUUUUGCUGCAAGGCGGGGCAAGCUACCCCCAAGCAUCCCACCUGCCCCAAGGAGGGCCAUCACCCUGCGUGCCUGGCACCCCUCAUGCACAGCCCCAUGUGCUCCCUGGCAAUAAAUGCGCCUCUGUCUGGAUGUGGUGUGUCAGUG